CAUUUUUAGACGAGAAUUUCAGUGGAAUUCAGAAAUGAGGCCAUCUUCUUCUUCUUCCUCAUCCUCUGCUUCUCCUUCGUUUAUGCUGUCUUCAGUGACAGUGGCGGUGGACAAAGCCACAAGCGAGCUUCUCCGCACUCCUGAUUGGACCAUCAUCAUCGCCAUAUGUGAUUCCCUCAAUUCUAAUCGCUGGCAAUGCAAAGAUGCGAUCAAAGCCGUGAAGAGAAGAUUGCAGCACAAGAGUUCUAAAGUGCAAUUACUCACUUUAACGUUGUUGGAGGCAAUGCUGAAAAACUGUGGUGACUUUGUUCAUUCUCAUAUCACUGAGAAACAUCUUCUUGAAGAUCUGGUUAAGAUUGUCAGGAAAAAGGGUGAUUUUGAAGUAAGGAACAGGAUCUUGCUAUUGUUGGAUACUUGGAAUGAAGCAUUCAGUGGAGUUCCUUGUAAAUACCCCCACUACAAUUGGGCAUACCAAGAGCUUAAACGGUGUGGGGUGACAUUCCCACAACGUUCCAAAGAAGCACCCCUGAUGCUUGCACCACCACCUCCAGUGACACAUUCUUCUUCUUCUUCUUCAUCUUCUAUGAAUUCAAUGUCCAUUGGUUCAUUUAGAAGGCUCGACGAAGCUAUGGCUACAGAAAUUGAGGGCCUAAGCUUAUCAAGCCUUGAAUCCAUGAGAAAUGUGAUGGAUCUUGUGAAUGACAUGGUUCAAGCCGUGAAUCCAACUGAUAAAUCAGCUAUAAAAGAUGAGCUAAUAGUUGAUCUAGUAGAGCAGUCCAGAUCUAAUCAGAAGAAACUAAUCCAGAUGCUCACUACAACUGCUGAUGAGGAUGUUAUGGCACGUGGGCUCGAGCUGAAUGACUCUUUGCAGGUAGUGCUCGCGAAACAUGACGCUAUUGCAUCUGGUGUAUCUCUUCCUAUGUUGGAGGCUCCAGAGACAAGCUCUGCCCUCAAGACUUAUGAUGCAGCUGCUCUUGAGUCUGACUCUGAGUCUUCUUCAUCGUCGAGCAGUGAAAGUGAAACAGAUGAAGGGGAGGAUGUUAAAGAUGACUUUAUGCAGCUAGCCAAAAGGCACGCUCUAUUAAGUGCCGAACACAGCGAUGAAGAAGAAGAAACAUUGCUUCUAGGCAAUGAUAAUGAAAAAAUAGCGGAAACAGAAGCCAAGAUACAGUGCAAAGAUCUAGCUUUGUUUGACACAACAACAACCACCACCGAGUCAGAGCAGGACAUUAUAGAACUUCUCAGCCUAACUCUGUCAACGACUGCUCUACCCUCCCCACAAACGCAACCUCAAAUACAACCACAAACGCAGCCUCCAUCGUUUUUUACUGAUGAUAAUAUUUUUAUGAACAACUACGUUGUCCCAUGGGCACAGUCCCAAGAAGAAUCGCAAGUCCCAAAAAUGACUCAGUUUGCACCAUCGGGACCACAGUUUCAGCCAUGGCCUCUGCAGCAGCAACAACCGUUUUCAUACGGUUAUCCUCAGCCACAAUGGAGCGGUGGCCAAGUAGAUAGUAAUGACACAACAUUGUGGAGCCAAGGAGGCAAUGAGAAUAAGGUCUUUGAGAAAAAUUUGCAAUACUUAAACUCCUUCCCCGCUAGAGCCACGGGGACAUCCGGGGCUGCCUCUGUGCCUACGGUGGUGGACGGGCAGCCGCAGAGGCCCUAUGUUCCUCCGUACAAAUUGUUUGAAGAUCUUAACGUUUUCCGAAACGCAGAUGCAGGCCUUAGAGAGAACUGGGAGAGGCUUUAUUGGGAUGAAGGAUAUUCGAAGAAAAUUGCGAGAGAUCAUGCUAAUUAUGAGUCUGCUGAAGAAGAUGAAGAAGAUUUUAAUCCAUACAGGAAUAGGCGGUCUUAUAAUGAUCCAAUAAAGGAGCAGGGGUUUAGUAGAACAACACAAGGUGAUGAUGACUGGGAGAAAGUGAGUCAAAUCAGGGACAAAUUUGAGUAUGACAAAGAAAGGAGAAUGAGAGAAAAAGCCUUUGCACCAAUGAACGCUGCAGCACCCGACUCUAGAGACUUGAAUUGGAAUGCAUAGAGACAGCCAUUUGAUGCUGAGAGACACUCGGGAUUGAAUUGAUUAUUCAUGGCAUAGGUUUCAGGUUCUUGGCACUAUCAUUUUCAAUGUGUCACGGAAAUGUAGAUCUAGCAGAAGUUCGAGUCAUAAUCCGAAUACAAAAGAAGUUAGUAG